UCUAANGUUGCGGUCUGAUGUGUCUGAUUGUCAAUGUAUGUGGUUAAUGUUGGAUGGUGAAGUGGUAAGAGACAAUGGCUAAGAAUAAUGAUGUGUACCCUCUUCCCGUUGGACCCAGCGAUUUGUGUUUUGAUAAAAAUGACUUCAUUAAGAAAUCUUUUUCUGUGGACCAGUUUCUUCAGAAUCACCGUAAGAAGGCAAACCUUGAAACGCUACGAGAUGAUUUGGGAAUGUAUUUGAAAGUUCUUCGUUCAGCAAUGAUAGAGUUAAUAAAUAAAGAUUAUGCAGAUUUUGUUAAUUUGUCAAGCAACUUGAAUGGUUUGGAUAAAGCUAUAAAUGGCAUACAAGUACCACUUGGUCAGCUGAAGGAAGAAGUGCUGCAAGUGAAACUGAACUUAGAUGAAGCAAUGGAGGAUCUGUCAUUUCGUCUUGAUCAGCGUCAGAAAAUCCGUGCAAGGAAAAGAAGUCUCCAGAGCUUAGCUCGUGUACAGAGCUCUUUGAGCAAGUGGAGUGUACUUCUGCACUUGGAUGAGAAUAGCAGAGAUGAAGAACUGGAAAGAAAGAAAGAGAGGCCACCUCUAGAUCCAGGUCUUGUGGAACGAGCAGCUUCUGAAUUUAACCAGUUACAAUUUUGCAUCUCAAAAUGUGAAAAUGAUUUAACAGAAAGUCACAAGGAGCAAGCCAAGAAGAUCUGUGACCUUCUUACAUCAAGCCUUGAUGGAAUGUUCCUUAAAAGUUUACAUGAGAGGGACAGUGAAGGGAUGGCUCGUUGUUUGAGGAUCUACAUCACACUAGACAAAAUAGCAGAUGUAGAGUCUUUAUACAGAAGAGAGGUUGUAUCACCUGCGUUGCAUGAUGUUGUCAGUGAAAAUUCUCUGCAGUCUGAUCCUAGAGGUCUUCAGGGUGUCUACUCCAGAAUCUUAUCUUUUGUUGACACAGACAUGGAGCCACUGUUGAAGCUUACUGCAAGAGGAGUACGAAUGCCAAUUGUAAAAGGAUUUGACUUCCUUGUGAAUAGCUUCUGGCCUGAAGUUGAACAACGACUGGAAUUACAUUUGCCUUUAAUAUAUGCCCCAGGGAAUCCAGAAAUGUUCUAUCAGAGGUACUGUGAAACCCAAGAGUUUUUAGAAAAGUUGGAGAGGUGCUGUGGUACUCAGACUGGAGUAAAGAGGCUACAUGCUCAUCCCCAGUAUGUGGCCUUUCUUCAACACUGGAAUCUUCCUGUUUAUUUCCAGAUCAGAUUUCAGGAGAUUGCUGGUGUACUGGAGACUGUGAUGAGUGAAAGCAGUGCUGGAGUUCCACCAGUGCUAACAGACUUUCAGUUACAAACAACUGCUACUACUUGGGAUUGCCUUAUGCGCUGUUGGGCCAGUGGAGUAUUUCUCUACCAGCUCACACACCGGUUUUGGAAGUUGAAUCUCCAGAUUUUAGCUAGGUACUAUACCUGGGUAGGUGAAGCUCUGGAGCAAAAGUGGCCUUCUGAGAGUUCAGUUCCUAAUGCAGUUCGUAAUGAUACGUCUCGUUUAGCAAGAUUGCAGUUCCUUGUGCACUUGUAUACUGAUGUGGAGAAACUUGUUGCAAGAUUGCCUGGCUUACUAAACAGUGUCACAAUGAAACUUCAGAACCUGUCUCAGCAAGGACAGCAGUUACUCAAGAGUUGUCUUAAGGAGUCAGAAGAACAGUUGCUGACUAGAUUGCCUCUGAUAACACAAUUCAUUCUUGGUGAAAUAAGCAGUCAGAGCUUACCACACUUGCGACAAGUGAGUGACAUUCCUAGAUUAUUCAGACGUACCAACAGAGAGAUGCCAACAAAACCAUGUUCAUAUGUUACACAAGUUUUGGCUCUACCACUGGCAUUCUAUAGUGCUCAGCGAUCAGUGGUGAACAAAGAGCUGCUGGAACAAUGGUUGACACUCACAUUUGCAGCAAUAACCCAACAAUUCUUUAGUUGUGUGGAUGAUGUUCUCACAUCAGUCCAGAAGACGGAAGAAAGUUUACGUCGUUUGAAAAAAAUCCGAGACCGUUCUGCUGCAACUUCGAGUAGUGAAGCAAGAGGGCUGGGAGAUGAUGACAAGAUUAGGCAGCAGCUUCUUCUGGAUGUAUGCAGCUAUUGUGAAGGGGUUGACACUGUUGGCAUAGCAAGAACAAAUGUGGAUAAGUUAGAAGAACUUCUGUCAUUGGUGGAGACUGCUAGAGCUAAAAAUGACUCAGCUAAAUGAUAACAGUUUUAAGAAAACAGUAUUAAAUGUACAAAUAUAUUGUGUUUUUGGACUUUAUCCAUCGUCC